AUGACGUCACCAUUGGAUACACUCACUUCAAAAGAUGUAAAACAAUUGCUUUCUGAUAAAUAUAUUCUAAUUAUUGGUGAUUCGGUUGUGAGAGGUUUAUAUAAAGAUCUUAUUAAAUUUUCAAAUGUAGAUGAUUUCCUUAAUGAAAAAGAACUUCGUGUUAAAGGAGAAAAACGUUUUUAUGGUGAUCAAUUAAUUAAUGGUGGUGUUCAAAAAGGUCUUACAAAUGGAAUUGAUUAUGAAGAAGUUCGUGAACAUACAGCUGGUGGUCUACGUCGUAUUCGAUUUUAUUUUUUAACAAGAUGUUAUUCAUCCUAUAUGAAAAAUAUUAUAUUUACUGAUAUUAAAAAUCAAGCAAUUAAACCAGAUAUUAUUAUAAUGAAUAGUUGUUUAUGGGAUAUAUCUCGAUAUGGUAUCUAUGCAAUGAAAUCAUAUCAACAAAAUAUUGAUCGUAUAAUGGGUUCAUUUCGUCAAAUGUUACCUGAUGCACUUUUUCUAUGGAUUUCAGCAUUACCUGUUUCAAAUUCAUCGAAUGGAGGUGUCAUUAUAUCAAGUGCUGAAUAUAUACGACCAAUUCUACCAGGUCUUAUUCGAGAUGGAAAUUAUUAUUGUUCUCAAAUGUGUAAUCUUCAUAAUGUUCUUUAUAUUGAUGUUCAUACUAUCUUUUCAAAUAUGUUACAUCUUCGUCAACCAGAUGGUAUACAUUGGUCUGCAAUUGGUAAUCGUAUAAUAAAUGAAAUAAUAUUAAAUUAUAUAAAAGCUUAUUAUCAUGGUGUUAGAGAUUUUAAAUGUCUUCGAUUACGUGCAGAAUUAGGAAAUAAAAUAAAUACAUUUAAAAAACGUAUAAAAGAUCAUAAUAAUCAUUUGAAAAUUAAUUAUCUUGAUCAAGAUAUAUUGGAUGAUGAAAAUAAAGAAGAUAAAAUAGAACAAUCAUCAUCAAAGAAAACAAAUAAUGAUAAUAAUAAUUUAUCAAAAUUAAAACGUAAACGAAAUAAUGAUGAUAAUGAAAAAGAAAAUGAUCAACAUCAUCGUAAAGUUAUUAUAAAAUCAACAAUAAUUAAAAAUGAACAACAACGAGUUGCAAUAAAAAAAUCGAUUAAUGAAUUCGAAAUAAAACAAGGAAAAUUAAUUGAUAAUCAAACAACUAAUUUUAAUCAUGAAUAUUGUGAUAUUAUGUAUGAUAAUGAAUUUGAAGGUCUUCAUCUUUUACAUUUUUCUUCAUGUGAUAUUGAAUCUUCAGAAGAUAUCAAAGAUUUUCAAUUAUCAAAUAAUAUCAUUGAAAUUCAAAAUCAACAAACAAUAAAUAAUAACCUUCAAGUUGAUAUUAAACCAUCUGAAAAUAUUUCCAUGUCAAUGUCAUUAGUAAGAUCAAAUGAUGAAAAAAGAAUGAUCGAUGAAUCAGAUUAUAUCAUUCUUUCAUCAGAUGAUGAAAAUGAAACAAUAACACGUAUUGUACCUUCAUCACCUACAACUACUAUUUUACCUAUUUAUUUAUUAAAUCGUCUUGAAUAA